ACUACUUUUAGUUUUAUAGAAAGCUCUUGUAGCUCACCGUUAGCUAGCACUAGCCGCUUACUGUCAAAACUCCCACUGCGCUCUGUGUUUUUAAUCUGCUAGCUAGUAAAGCUAACCACGGCUGGUAUAAAUGUGUCAGUAGGCUAGAAGUUACACCACAGUUAACCGUUAACUGUGUACAAGGCAAUUUGUGUCUGAAUUUUUGUGAUGUACACUAGCAGUGCUUGUUAGAAAGAGAUGAGUAUCCAAUACGUGUGGCCAGCACCAUGUCUGAAAGAUUAAUACAGCUAAUAAAGCAGACUGCUACUGCUAAUGGACUGGAGAAAGGUUUAAAGUUCAUCAGUUGAAAACCAGCAUCAGGAAUGUCUGUCAGUUCCCUCCUGCGCUGCACUAUCAGACUGGAGAGGAAAUAUGUGGCUACACAUUUAGUCCAGCAGAGGGCACUGUCAGGAGCAGAGGCUGUCAACGCACUCAGACCGUUUUACUUUGCAGUUCAUCCAGACUUUUUUGGACAAUUUCCCAGGGAGAGGGAAGUGAAUGAAAAUUCAUUAAAGAGGCUAAAUGGCUACUUGGAGAACCUGCAGAAAUCCGGGACUCACUCAGUCAAACCAACAAAACUCACCUUCUAUGUCAGAGAUACAAAGGAGAGCACCGAUGAGCAGCCGGACCUUCUCUCAUCAGGAUUUCGCUCAGUCAGUUUCACACUGCAGACAAAUGAUGUCCUGAGCACAGUGAUGAAUGUAUUGACAUCAUGCAGUCUGCCUGUGGAACACAUGAAAAGACUGAAAGCAAACACAGAGAGGUCUAAAAGAGCCACUGAGGAAGGGAUACCUUUUUACAGACCCAUCAAGUGGGAUAAGAGCUACUACACAUUCACCGGGUUCAGAGACCCUGAACAAGAGCUACAGCAGGCCAAGAGAGUGGAACCUACACUCAGUUUGUGGUUGAGGAACAACGAGCCUGAAGCGACUAAGAAGCACAGAGCAAGUCUUCCUCGAAGAGAAGAGCUCAACAGGCUUAAGAAGGAGCUGUGCCACAAAUUCGACCUGGCUGAUAUCAGGUGGCAGCGCAGUUGGGGCGUGGCCCACAGGUGCUGUCAGCUCCAGAGUCUGAGUCGGCUCUCGCAGCAAAGCCCUGAGGCCCUUAUCAACCUUCAAGGACACACGAUUAUGUUUGCUGAUCAGUCAGGGAUGAACGCCUCAGGACACGUCAUGUUGGGAACCAUGGACGUCCAUCACCACUGGCUCAAACUGUUUGAGCGGCUGCCCAGUUACCGCAGCCUGCAGCAACAGACAGAGUGGCUGAAGGAACGGAUCAGUCUCCUGUUGGGUGGAACACAGGUGAUCCACAUGGACCGGCUGGGACCCACCCAGCCCAUCGCCGAGCUCUACAGUACCCUCAACACCUUCCACAAGAACCUGAUAUCCCGAAGCCUCCGUCUGCACCCCAGAAGCAUGCAGGGCCUCACCAUGAUGCUGGAGAAUGACCGUUCAGCUCCCAGGCUUCAUGAGAUGGGUCACUUUAUCAUCCCUACCAACUGUGACCCUCCGAAGCUGCAGGCCUUCCUCCAGAGCCACGCCCAUGAGGCCAGACAGCGCAGCUACAGCAGAAAACAGCUCCAGGCAGAAGAAGAUUCUGCGGUGAAACUGUGUCUCCAAAGUUUGUCUCUAAAGACUCUGUCCAAAGAGCCCAGUGUGAGCUCCAGUCAGAUGAUCCAGUGCUGUAAGAGGCUGGAGGAGCAGCGAUCACCUCUCAUGCAGGGCCUCCACGUCUGUGUGUCUCACUUCUACUCUGUCAUGCAGGACGGAGACCUGUGUGUCCCCUGGGACUGGAAGAGCUGAGCUGAAAUGGUCCAACUUUACAAUUAUGAACAGGUUAAUGUACAGCAGAUGUACACAAACAGGAUCAUUUGUUGGACGUCCGGCUACAACAGGUUCCUUAUUUAUAGGCGAUGGUGGUUUAAAUCAGUUUGACCAGUGCUCACUCCAAUAAGAAUCACUUUAUCCUCCCACUGAGGGAAAAACAAAUUGAAGAAGAAAUGAAAGCACAGCAAAGGUCACAGGGUCCGGAAGAGCCCAAAUUAAAAGGAAGGGAAAGAAUAAUUCUCUGCAAUCAUUAGUUUUUUCUUUGAAAAAUGCCGGCGCCUUUUACAAAAAAGUAAAACACUGAGAAGGGAUCUUUAUUGUGUAAUAACUAACACACAAGCUGUGACACCAGGUGCCAGUUUUAAAUGUGCAAUAUUACUGAAGCUACUGCCACACAAGGCAUGAUAGGCCUUGGUAAAAAUGGUUCAAGAAAGACAGUAUUUCUCUUGCUGUAUGAGUGAACUGAGAAACCAUUUAAUAAUUGUAGUUCUGCUGAAGGUGUAAUCUGGAAUUUAAAUGUAAUGUAAAAGAGUCAAUGAAGCUUCAAAUAUUCAGUGAAUCUGCUGAACAGAGGAGGAAGACCGGACCUAGAAGCAACACUGUCAGUCUCUUAAAGGGCAUUCACGAUGGUGCAUUCAGGUGCCCAUAAGAAACAUGACACGUGUAGCGGCACAAAUAACUUCACAACUGAGUGUAAAGGGUUAAUUUUGAGUUUUUGAUGUGCAGUUGUAUGAGGCACUUGUCUAGUCCAUAGUGUAUGAAGUACAGUGGAUUCCACUUUGGAGACAGACUAGAACCCUGGCACAAAAGCUUAUAUGACAAUAGUUAUAUAAGCUUUUGACAAUAGUCACUGUUGUUCAUGUCAUGGUUCUUAUAUAUUCUUAUAUGUCCUUAUAUAUUAUGGCAGAGAGCAUGUGUCAGAUGCUCAACAGUUGCUGAGGAUGAAAUGUAGUGAGAUUUAUCACAAGGAAAUAUUGCAGUCACUUAGAUUUUGAGUUAGUGAGACUUCUUCAGUUCCAGGACUAAAAAAUCUAAGCACUUUGUGUGAAAUGCAAGUUUCUUAGUUUGGUGUUUAAUACAUUUGUUCAUAUGAUCCAAAGUAACAAAUAACAAAGAAACCUGUGAAGGCAAAAGUAGUCCAGUAACUUGUGUCUAGUUUUGAGGGUUUAAUGGCUCAGCUUUGGUUUCACAUCGGCAUAGUCAAGUGACUAUACUGCAGCUAUAACAUACGGUUAAUAACUUACUAAUUUUUUUUUCUUUUUGUUAAUGACUGUGGAUAAGACACCUCAUAUAACCUGCUUCAAAAAUCUGAACUAACCUCUUACAAGAAACACUCAAAUCCUGUCUUUUUUUCACACCAUGGCACACUUUGCCAAUUAUUGUGUAAAAAUGAUGUGAAAGUAAAUUAUUAGCUUUAGAUACUUGACAAAAAAAUGUUGGAGCAACCUAAAGUUUAAUUUCAAAUAUAGUGAGUGAAAAAUUCUAAAUAUUGGAUCCUAUAGAAAUGUAAAAUGUAUACCCUGUAAUCUAGUAGUCAAAUUUUAAUUGUAUGUGUGUGUGUGUGAAUGGGUGUGUAAUUUUUGUGUUUAUCGUGAAAUCGCUGUGAGACAAUCUAGGAACAUGAGUAGACUGAUACUCUGCAGUAUUAUAUCAUGUAUAUGACUCACCAGCAGACAACUUUUUUGUGCAUACACGAGUACAUUAACCAUGACUGAUGCAGCAUGUGUAUCAAAGUUAACCACAUUUUUACGGUGUUGUGGUGUGUACAUUCCACCAAAUGAGCUUUGACCAUCUCAGUAAGUUAACACACUGUUACUUUUUAUUCCCACCCACCCAGGGCAGGUGGACAGUUCUUGUGCUAUUGACGGAAACUUUGUAAAGGUACAAUAGCUGUGAAACAGAUUAUUCUUUAAAAUAACUUAAUAAAUUAGUUUUAUUUUA